GGAACCCCAGUCGCGGUCCGAACUUCCCCGAGGAGAGAGAUCGAGGAACCCUCCCCCUAAACCCUCCCCUGGCGGUUUACAACCUGGACAAGCUGGGAGAGGCGAGAACGAUCGUGCCGUGACACGGGUUGGCCAUGAGACCGUCCUUCGUGCCAUGCAGGAAGGAAGUGUCGUCAUGUGCGCGUGUAAUAUUAAACCGUACGUUGCGAAACAGAAGCCACUGAGAGAGCUGGGCCGAUUGUGCCUGAGCGCGGGCGAGCAGAGCAACGAGGUCGUGACGGAAGUUCGCGCGGAGCCUCGUGGCGGGCUUCCCCUGCUCCAAGUAUGGCCGAGCGACUCGCCGAGGGGCGAGGCAGACGGACAGGCGCAGGCAUUCGUGUUUCCGGAUGUCCAGGAGAACGUCAACGACAGCGGCAUCGAGUCCAUACAGGCAUCGCCCUCGCCGUGCGGCGCGGCAAGCACUAGUCCAGCGGCCACGCCUCAACAAUCGCGACGCGCCAGCCUACUCCAUCCGGACCACGCUCGGCUGCAGUUGCACCAUUUGCAUCACAAUCACCACAAUUCCGGGGUUAAGAGUCCACCGACACCGGACAGGGCGUCCAUCGACGAGGAGCCCCCACUCCCGCCCAGCCCCUCGAGCUCGACGACGAGCAGCCUCCGCUCCAUGCCCAGCUCGGCGAACGCCCAAAUGCACUCGCAGGACAGGAGGCGUAGCAGCAGGUACAGCAUGUUCGACGCCCUGGACCUGGAAUACGCCCUCCUGAGGGCGGCAGCCCGCGGCUCCGUGGGCCCCUACUCCCUGUCGGAGUCCCUCCACAAGCUGACGUUCACGCAGAGCUUGGCCUUCCCCGCGCUUGCCCGGGGCCUGGCCUCGAAGCAGAGCGUGCCCACGAGGAGGCCCCAGCAGCACACCGAGAGCGGCUUGAACGCGUUCGCCAAGGUGGUGACAGCCCUCGUGCUGGUGCUGGUCAGCGUGCUCGUGUUCGGCGUGGUGUACAAGUUCGUGAGGACGUGAGGAUGGUUGCUGGUGCCCGACCGGCCGUCCGACUCCUCGCAGGAGUUCGAUCGGCCGGGCACCGGCGACGCCUUCGAUCACUGAGCGGUCGAAACGAUCCAAGUUUUUUCUCCUCGCACGGGCUCGAGGAGGAGAGUCUAUAUUCCGUGAUCUUCGUGGGUGGCGAAGGCCUAACCCUGGCUGAAUCGAAGGGGAUCUGGGAUUGAUUCCGGGAGGAGCAACUGUGCGAGCUUGAAAGGAAAUCCUCGAGAGAGGAUCGUGAUCGAAGAAAGAAAGAAAUUUCUAAAUCUUGAUACCGAGCAUUUUUACCGAGCGCAUUGUUACUACGAUUCAAUAUUUAUCGCCUCUCGCGGUAUUUUUAUGCAAAAAAAAAAAAA